AUGUCCGAUUACGGCAGUGGAAGAACGAAAGAAAUUUCGGAAGAGCCACCGAUGUCUCGACUGUUUAUCAUUUGCGGCAAACACAUAACGAAAGAUCAGCUGAUAAAACACUUUGAAUCGGAUGGAACGAUCGAAGAGUGUGUCGUGAUUACGGAUCGCAAAACGGGUCAGGGAAAAGGCGUUGCCUACGUAAAGUUCACCAAAACGUCGUCGGCCGCUAGGGGACUGUUGAAGAAUGCCACAAUUAUCGAGGGAGACACACGACCCAUUAAGGUUAUGAUUUCGGCAAGUUACAACCGAGAAAAGUCUAGCGAUAACGCAUCGGACGUUAACGAAAACCACUUCCUCCGGUUGUUUGCAAUCGUGCCGAGCAGUCGAACGGAGGAACAGCUCAAAGAAGAGUUCGGUUCGUUCGGUACGGUGACACAGGUCCGUCUAGUGCCGGACAAAAAGAACGACAAGCAGUGUGCAGCGUACGUUAAAUUUACCACCUUCCUCGAGACAGCCCUGGCCAUUGAAAACUGCAAUCCAUGCUACAAGGCAAAGUUUUGCGUCCCACGCAACAAACUGCAGCAGGAAAAGGAACCGAAGUGUCAUGCGAGCGAACCGGUGAACCGAAAGCGAAGUCAUUCUCCAGAACGUCCUUCCUCUACGCGAGGUGAUACGAAACUGGUGGCCAUCUGUAGCGUUCAGUUGAAUCAGGAUCGGAUAUGGCGGUUAUUCGAUAUCUGUCCAGGCAUGAAGUACUGCAAUAUAGUCACUGCAAAUGAUAUAAACAUUACCGCGACGGUGGUAUACUCCAAUCGUGACGAUGCCCAGCGGGCUGUGGAUAAAAUCCAUGGCUUAGAGUAUCCGAUUGGCGAAAGGGUUAUUGUGCGGUUUGAGGAGGAGUUCAAGGAUGAAAUAAUCACCAAAGACGCACUGUCCCAAUUCGGACCACCAAAACCGCUCGUUACAGAGCAAGUGCCUUGUGUAAAGAAGGCCUUUUUCAUUUGCAUGCCCGAAGCCAUCUCGGUGAAGCUGCUCACCGAUGCUUUCUGUCGGUUUGGGGAUUUAAUGAAGGUGUACAUUGUGCCAGGUAAAAGGCACGGUUACGCAGAGUUUGCCAGUGAUGUGGCGGCCAAUCGUGCCAUCCAGCAACUGCAUGGCGUACACUUGGGCGAUUGCCGGCUUAAGGUGCUGGAAUGUGCCGAGUAUAGUGGAGAGAACAAACGCAACAAGCUGGAACAUUAGCUAAUGCCGAAUGGAUCACCGGGUGCGCUAAGUAUAUUUCCAAUAUCUAGUUCAUGAUUCACUCUUUGAGUUUGGUUUGUUGUUAUUUGAUGGGUUAUCCAUCAUUUGUUC